AUGCUGCAGCAGGUGGAUGCUGUUUGGCCUUUAAGAAAAGUGGGACCAGGACCACCCACCUUUGGUUCGCUGUUAUCCCCUCCUGACUCUUCUUUCUGGGGGCACAACCUUGAGCAGAAAGCACUUCGGUGGAAAGAGGAGAAACUGCCCUCUCCAGCCUUUGGACAGGUUCCUGUCCGUCAGUGGGAUGUUGGUGUUCUGGAGCCGCUGCAGGUGUAUGAGCGGCAGCUGUGCUUGUCCUGUAUCACUGGAAUCUACGGCUGCCGCUGGAAACGUUACCAACGCUCUCACGAUGACACCACUAAGUGGGAGCUGCUGUGGUCCCUGGUGCUGCUCGUCACCUUCAGCCUGCUGCUGCUCUGGUCCUACUUCUGGUGGGAGGCUCACAACGACUACAGCGAGUACAACUGGUUUCUCUAUAACCGAUCUGGAGAGUGGAGCGACGGCACAGCUCCCAUCCUGGCUACCACCGCCGCCGGAUUCACCUACAUCACACUUUUAAUGGUUCUAGCACUUUGCCACGUUGCCGCUGGCCAACAGUUGAAUUUGCACUGGCUACAUAAGGUCGGAGUCUCUGUGGCUCUGCUCACCACUGUUAUCGGGGUCAUAUCAGUCACCCAGACGUGGGGCUAUGAGUGGGAUGUGGUGCCCAUCUCUCUGCAGGCCACUGGCCCCUUCCUGCACAUAGGGGCCGUAGCAGCGGUCACUGCUCUCUCCUGGAUUGUGGCGGGACAAGUGGCUCGUGCUGAAAAAACAAUUUUCCAGGUGGUGGUGUUACUGCUGUACUUCUCUGUGCUCGUGGCCCUGUACACGGUUCCUUUGUACAUAACUUCUCCGUGCAUCAUGGAGCCUUUGAACCUCAAGCAGCGUCCUGAUGUACUCGGCCACCAGGGGGCAGCGAUGCUCGCUCCAGAGAACACGAUGUGGUCUUUCCAGAGAGCGCUGCAGAUGAACGUCACUGGACUGGAGACUGAUGUAUCUAUUAGUUUGGACGGAGUGCCUUUCCUGAUGCACGACAGCACGCUACGCCGCACCACAGACGUUCAGAAGGUGUUUCCACAGCGACAGUGGGACCACGCCUCCUCCUUCAACUGGACCGACCUGCGGAAACUCAACGCCGGACACUGGUUUCUCAAGGACGACCCGUUCGGCACGGCUCGGUCCCUCUCCGCUCACGAGAAGCAGCUGAUCGGGAACCAGAGCGUGUGCAGUCUGGAGCAGCUCCUCACACUGGCCUCAUUCAACAACUGCACAGUGGUUUUCAAACUGAGGAGACCACCCCCCGAGCACCCCAGCCACGACAGCUGGAUCAACGAAACGCUGCGAACUGUGCUCAAAUCAGGCAUUCAGCAAAGUCUGGUGUUUUGGACUCCUGAAGAGGACAGAGCGGAGGUGAGGAAAAUGGCGCCCGGCCUGAUCCAGUCCUCGUUGGUCAAACCGGAGAGUCACGAGUCACUUCUGCGAGAUGGCGUCAGUGCUAUGCUAGUGCGGUACAACCAGGCCUCCACACAGGAGAUCAGAGAGUAUUCUGAGAACCACAUCAGACUGACUCUGUUCACCGUGAACGACCCCUGGCUGUACUCUGUGCUCUGGUGCAGCGGGGUCCCCUCUGUCUCCUCUGAAGCGCCACACAUCCUCAGGAACUUGCCUUACCCCAUUUGGCUCAUGAAACCUGAUGAAUACUGUGUGCUGUGGGUGUCCGUGGACCUGGUCUCUUUUGCUGUAGUCAUCGCCAUCUUCAUAUUCCAGAAGUAUCGCUCCAGUGGGAUGCACAGCUAUAACCCAGAGCAGAUCAUGCUGAGCGCUGCCGUGAGGAGGGCCAGCCGCGACGUCAACGUGAUGAAGGAAAAACUCAUCUUCUCUGGUCAUGCCGUGGGAGUAAGAGGUGGAGAAUGGUGUGACCAGUGCUGA